ACCUGCUCUUUAUUGUCCUGUAUAAAUGCAGAGGAUAAAUCCCCCGGUGUUUUGCUCCACUGCAGAUAUGGGAGAUACAAAUCAAAGAGAAGCAUGACUGGGCACGGAAUAACCAUUGUAUUUCAAGUAAUAGGCCUUUUAACAGCUCUUCGGACUACAUCUGGAAAGAGGUUCACGGUUGUUUCUACUGGGUCACCAGUACCUGCCACCCUGGGCAACGAUUCAUAUCUGUGCUGUCGCCUGGAACCUGAAAUCAGUGCUGAGAAUAUGACAAUCAAAUUCCAUGUGGGUGAUUAUAAUAUUUGUUUAUAUAAGAAUGGAAAGGAAGAUCUCAGUAAUCAGAAUGAGACGUAUAAGGACAGGGUCGAGUUACUGACAGAGAACAUCACUGUAGGACAAGUCACUCUAUGGAUAAAGAAUAUUCAGCAGUCAGACACAGGGAACUACACCUGCACAUUUGUUUCUGAUGAUUUUUCCAGCAUCGCAACAAUGGAACUACAUGUAAAUAAGAGAUUUGAAGUUAAAGCCACUGAGAAAACAGUUAUUGCCACCAAUGGUGGUGCUGCAGAUCUGGGGUGUCACCUGGACCCUGAAAACAGUGCUGAACUCAUGACAAUCAAGUUUCAUCGGGGAGACCCAAAAUCCUAUGUGUAUGUGUAUAAUAAGAAUCCAGCAGACUCUGGUACUCAGAAUGAGACGUAUAAGGACAGGACAGAGUUACUAACAGAGAACAUCACACGAGGACAAGUCGUUGUGAGAAUAAAGAAUGUUCAGUUGUCAGAUACAGGGAACUACACCUGCAUAUUUUAUUCUAAGGAUCACUACAGCAAAACAACGGUGGAACUAAAGGUCACUGAGAGAUUUGAAGUUAAAGCCACUGAGAAAACAGUUAUUGCCACCAAUGGUGGUGCUGCAGAUCUGGGGUGUCACCUGGACCCUGAAAACAGUGCUGAACUCAUGACAAUCAAGUUUCAUCGGGGAGACCCAAAAUCCUAUGUGUAUGUGUAUAAUAAGAAUCCAGCAGACUCUGGUACUGAGAAUGAGACGUAUAAGGACAGGACAGAGUUACUAACAGAGAACAUCACACGAGGACAAGUCGUUGUGAGAAUAAAGAAUGUUCAGUUGUCAGAUACAGGGAACUACACCUGCAUAUUUUAUUCUAAGGAUCACUACAGCAGCACAACAGUGGAACUAAAGGUCACUGCUCCAGGUGGCACCAUGAUAACCGUUAUGAUUAUAAUCGCUGGUCUGCUAUUUCUGGGUAUUAUGUUCCUGGUCAUUGCUUGCAAAACAUUUAAAAAAGGUCUAGUAAGAAAUAGAAGAGAAGCAGUUCCUGUACAAGAAAUACCUCUGAACUCAAUGUCAACUCCAGUGAAUAACAACUCAGAUCCAGGGGAAAAUGAUGCUUUAAAGGACAACUAAUAAAAUGCUCCCUAGUGGAGAAUGUAUCAUUAUAUAAUAAAUAAAGUACCCCCUCUUGUAAAAUAUAAGGAUAUUAUGUUACCAAGGAGUUCCAUGAUCAUACAAAAACACGAGGCCGAAGGA